AGAGCUCACAGCAAAAGGAGCUUAUUUAAGGCAUUACUCUCUCGUUUUCUUCUCCAUUGCACUUCCUUCUAUUUUUUUCCCCUUAUGUGUUUUUCUGCUUCUAUGUUCCUUUGAUUAUAGAAGCAGAAAGAUUUCUCAGUUUUCUGUUUUUUCUGUUGAAAAGAAUUUCUGUUCCAAUCAAAAGUUUUCUGGUUGUGUAAUGUGUAUGAGUUUGUAGAUUGAGAGAUCUCUUACAGGCUUCUUCCUCCGCCUUUUUUGUGUAUUGGGUCUCUGAAAUUUUGUCCAGUUUGGGACCUCUGGCACUGACAUUCCAGGCUCUGCCUCCAUUGUUUUGCGUACACCAGAAGCAAAAUCACAAAGCAGACAAAAACAAAAGGGAAAUAUUCUAUUCUCUCUGUUUUUUGUCAAUCAACCUCCUUUAAAUCGACGUAGAUCUAGUGGGUUUUGUACAAUACUAGUACACAACAUCCCAUUUGUGUCUCCUCUGUUUUCUUGCUCUGUUUCUGUUUUCUUGCUCUGUUUCUGUCACAUUUGAAGAAGAACCCACAAAAUGGAGAGGCUAUCUUCAACAAAUCUUCUUCCCGAAACAUUUCAGGGAGCCAGAGACGACUUAUCAAUGCAAUUAUCAAUCAUUUGGGGUCAGAUCAAAGCCCCAUUGAUUGUGCCUCUCCUGAGGGUUGCAGUUGUAAUAUGUCUCGCGAUGUCUUUGAUGCUCUUCGUUGAGAGAGUUUAUAUGGGCAUUGUCAUUGUUUUGAUCAAGAUUUUUGGUCGAAAACCAGAGAAGAAAUACAAGUGGGAGCCCGUAAAAGAUGACAUUGAGAUUGGUAACUCUGCUUACCCGAUGGUUCUGGUUCAAAUUCCAAUGUACAAUGAACGAGAGGUUUAUCAGCUUUCAAUUGGAGCGGCAUGUGGUCUGUCCUGGCCUUCCGACAGAAUCAUAAUUCAAGUCCUUGAUGAUUCAACAGACCCAACUAUCAAGGAUCUGGUGGAGCUGGAGUGUCAAAGAUGGGCAAGCAAAGGAAUUAACAUAAAGUACGAAGUGAGAGAUAACAGGAAUGGCUACAAAGCAGGGGCUUUGAAGGAAGGGAUGAAGCGGAGCUACGUUAAAAACUGCGAUUUUGUUGCCAUUCUUGACGCAGAUUUCCAACCUGAGCCUGAUUUUCUGUGGCGCACCAUUCCUUUCCUUGUUCACAACCCUCAAUUGGGUCUGGUUCAGGCUCGCUGGAAGUUCGUGAAUUCGGAUGAGUGCUUGAUGACAAGAAUGCAAGAGAUGUCACUUGAUUACCAUUUUACUGUGGAACAAGAAGUAGGGUCCUCCACACAUGCCUUCUUCGGCUUCAAUGGGACAGCCGGUGUAUGGAGAAUAUCUGCACUCAAUGAGGCUGGAGGAUGGAAGGACCGGACCACUGUGGAGGAUAUGGAUCUUGCGGUCCGAGCCAGUCUCAAAGGAUGGAAAUUUCUCUACCUUGGCGCUCUCAAGGUGAAAAAUGAGCUGCCAAGUACAUUCAAGGCAUACCGAUAUCAGCAGCACAGAUGGUCUUGUGGUCCUGCUAAUCUCUUCAGAAAAAUGGUUAUGGAGAUUAUACUAAACAAGAAAGUGACAUUGUGGAAGAAGAUUCAUGUUAUUUACAGCUUCUUCUUGGUCAGGAAGAUCAUAGCCCACCUGGUCACAUUCUUCUUCUAUUGCGUUGUGUUACCGGCGACUGUUUUAGUUCCAGAAGUAGAGGUUCCAAAGUGGGGAUCUGUUUACAUUCCUUCCAUCAUUACCAUUCUCAAUGCAGUUGGUACUCCAAGGUCAUUGCAUCUUAUGGUUUUCUGGAUCCUUUUUGAGAAUGUAAUGUCUCUGCACCGGAGUAAGGCAACUCUGGUUGGCUUGCUAGAGGCUGCUAGAGUGAAUGAAUGGAUUGUCACUGAAAAGCUAGGAGAUGCUCUCAAGUCCAAGGCAGCCACAAAAGCACCCAAGAAACCUCGCUUCAGGUUUGGAGAAAGGCUGCAUAUGUUGGAGCUUGGAGUUGGAGCUUACCUCUUUUUUAUCGGCUGCUAUGAUGUUGUCUUCGGGAAAAACCAUUAUUACUUUUAUCUUUAUGUUCAAGCCUUUGCCUUCUUCAUCAUGGGAUUCGGAUAUGUUGGCACCUUCGUCCCCAACUCUCACUAAUGCCGGGCGGGUUUUGUGCUCUUCAGCAGCAUAAGCUUGUGUAAAGAGACCGAAAAAAGGGUGUAAUUCUUUUAGGUCAAUCGUAAGAAUUCGAGUGAGAUUUUCGAAAUAUGUAGUAAUUUUUUGUGUGAAUAUUCAAGAAACUUGAGAAAUUUAAGAGCAAUUCCUUACACAAAA